GCACUUCCCACCCUUCUGGCGUUGCUCAUCCGUACAUCAGCUAGUCAGCAUGACCGCAGGAGUCAGACAGCACAGCGUAAUACGUUAGUUUGUGCAGGGAAUCCGGAGAGGCCGGAAGAGCGGCACUCGGGACCAACGGAGCAGAGUGCUUGGUAUGUGCCGUAUAACCCCGAGCCGCUGACUGAGCAGAACUACUUAGUUAGUUAUCGACUGGGAUCCCAGGUCAGCGUGGAUCGUGCCGGCAACGAGUCAAGAGUGCAAAGGGAACAACAGCAUAUCAGGAUGGUGCGAUUUGCAGAGCACGGCCUGGCAGCUGCCGAUGAUGUCAUGAACUGCAGAAAAAGAAGAGAAAAGACGGCCGGUCACGUGGGGGGUCUGGCCCGAAUCGGAUCCGCUGCAUUAAAUUUAUAUUUUUAUUCUUCUUAUAAGUUUCAUCGUCGAUCAUUAUUUAAUAUGAUAACAUAUUUGCACAACUCUCCCCUGCUGUGUUCAUCACGUUAUAUACUCGCCCGUUUCCUUCCGCUGCGAAUUGCUUUUAUCCUGCAAACAGCUCCAGGCAGAACCGUUGCUCUGUCUAUCCAUCCCCACUGCUCCGUGCGUACCGCAUAUCACAUACCUCUCCUCUCCUCCAGCCUCUCACAGCCUCUCACAGCCAUCGUCCAUGAAUACGUCAACAACAACAUCCACCUGAGAAGGAACUGCGACAAGCACACCUACAUCCUCCCUCCCCGCCCCGCAUGCUCCGUCGCUCUGUCUCCUAUGGAAGAAGGAACGGGAAACCCCUUUCCAGAGCCUCCCCCUCUCCCCUACUCGUUGCGCACACGGAAGAAGUCCAUUGCCUUCUUCUGGACGCUCUUCACCAUCGAUACCUUGGUCCAGCCGCUGACGCUCUAUUGGACGCUGACCUACCUGACAGACCUCUCUGAUAACUUGGUCUUCAGUAUCGUCACCGCUUCCCUCGGCGGAGUUUCGGUUUUCGAGUACUUCUAUCGACUCUACAAUCUUUUCAAGUCCAAUUCCCGAGCUCGUCCGUUGAACGCAAGAAAAUCAUGGCUGGACUUUCUACAGAUCAACUUUACCAUCGUCUGGUUGAUUUUGGCGGUUGAGCUCAUUGUUGGAACGGUACCUGAGAAACCCUACGUCCGUCUCAUCGCCAUGGUUCUCCCCACCGUGAUGUUCUACUUUGGUGGCGUUCACUUGUCGCUCGACAUUCUGCGAGCUAUGGGCUUCAAAGCCCUGUUCCGUAUCUCUUCAACGCCACAGGGCUCUACCAUGCCGACCGCUCUCUAUGUGCUUAUCGAAGAUGUCGUCGCUGUAGACGGUGGUGGGGGCCAAAAAUACCGCUAUGCACUGCGGACACGAUAUCUAUCAAGCCCCUAUUUCAGACGGAUGCUCUUCCAAAUGAAUUGCUUUUGGGCCGGAGGUUCCAUCAUUUUUGCAGCUGCGAUUACGGCUAUCGUAUUCACCGUCCCCAAGCCGGUUGCCUUUACAGUAAGUCCUUUCUAGACCAUUCGGGAGCUGCAUUGUUGUCCCUGUGGUUUAAAUUGUUUGAGGCUGAUAAAAUGAUAUAGCUUGGCUGGUCUCUGCCGUUUGCAUGGGCCAUCGUGUGGACUUUGAUUACCAUUCCAUGGGUUCAAGCCGAUCUCCGUCGCGAAAAGGAAUGGUGGUCGCAGAACCAUGAACGAGUUGGUAUUACGUACACCGACGAUAUCUAUGCGCCUAUCCCUCGAACUCGUCUCGAAUCGGUCCAACACAGUAUUUUACCAUGGAACCGCUUCAGCCAUGGUCCACCGGCGUCUGAACCCGCAGGACCUGAAGCCAAGCCUGCGGAGCCGGAGCCAUCUCGUCCCACGUCUUCAUCUGCACCGCCGGAGUCCAAAGAAGAAGAGUGAGCGCGCGGAUACGACACGGGUUUUCGAAUCCUUAAUGCUACUACGAAUGCUGGACAUACGAUUCUACGCCGCAUAAUACUGUUCUCCUGCCAAUUGAUAAUUCUUACAGUCGGUUCUUCCAACACGGUCGUUGUCGAUCUGACGCAUCCGGUUCGCAGCCUACAUACAAAGAAGCCACUCCCUUUAUCGGAUCCUUUCUUUGAAAACGUUUUCUGCGCUUUUUUGAUCUUUUCUCCAAAAACAUGUUCUUAAUUCCAUUACCAGCAACCGCAGGAGUUUCGGGCUUGCUGAGUUCUGUGCUACUUUCUUUUUGCAUAUUUCCCUUUUUCACACCCAAAAUCUGUGCAGAUUUUCGAUGUGGUUCAUGCAUUUAUACCCACUGAUGCCUAUCCAGAUAACUAUUUCUGUAUUAGUAUGUUAAUGUCUACGGGUACGGGAGGGAUGUACCGGGUUUAGAUGGAGGUUUUCUGGAGGGUUAGAUUUCUUAGCGUUCUAGCAGUCUUGGAGAAAAAAAUACUGUAUAGACAAUCACAAUGAUUUAUUUUUUAACUGAUA